AUGAAGAGUGACGCUUGGCUUAGCAAGCCUUUUCUAACCUCCAUAUUCCUCGGAAUUGGAGGUUUUCUCUACGGAUUCGACUCGGGCAUCAUCACUCCCAGUUUGGCUCUGAGUUCGUUCCUUACGUAUUUCGGGAGUCCAGAUCCUCCUCUUCGUGGUGCCAUUGUGUCUAUGUAUCAAGCUGGAGCAUGGCUGGGAAGUGCUUCGGUUGGCAUCACCAGUGACUGGCUGGGUCGACGGAAAGCGAUUGCGUUUGGCUGCAUUUGGGGUGUUGUUGGUGGUGCUAUCAUGGCGGGAGCAGCUCAUGUUGCAAUGCUAAUCAUUGGGCGAAUGUUGGUUGGCUUUGCUGUUGGAACGAUUACCGGUGUCUCUCCCGUAUUCGGAGCAGAGAUCGCCAAGACUCACGAGAGAGCCAAAGUCACUGCUGUCAACCAAAUGAUGACCGCCUGGGGCUUCUUCGUCGCUCUCUGGAUAGGCGUCGCCGAAGGAAAAUGGCACAAUGCCAACCAAUGGCGUCUCGGCUUCGCCAUCCAAGCCAUCCCAGCCCUCAUCCUCGGCGUAGGUGUUCUCUUCCUCAGCGAAUCCCCCCGAUGGCUCUGUCUCAAAGGCCGUCACGACGAAGCCGAGAAGGCAUUUCGCAGCUAUCACUACGAUGGAACGAACGACGAGUGGUGUCGCACUGAGUUCACCAUGAUCCAGGUCAAUAUUUCUGAGGAACUGCAGGCUCAGGGAAGACUCUCGUGGGGCGAUCUUCUCAAGACUCCUGCUUUUAGAAAAAGACUCUUUGUGGGAUCUUUUGUCUGGGCCGCGGCUAUGCUGUCGGGUAUUUCCUUCGUGCAGUACUACCAGACUGCUAUCUACGCCACGCUUCAAUUCAGCCAAGACCGCCAACUUCUCGUCAGUGGUCUCUACGGUUCUGUGGCUCCCGUUGCUUGUUUAGUCUCUUUGUUCUUCGUCGAUAAGAUCGGGCGCAAGAAGAUUCUUGUUCUCAGCUCUUCGCUGCUGUCGGUUUGCUAUUUGAUCAUUACCAUCCUUGCGGCCAAGUUCCCCGCGGUCCCUGGUAUGCCUACCAAUGCUGCGGCGCAGAGGGGUCUUAUUGCUUGUAUUUUUGCUGUCUCGGCGAAUUACUCUGCUCUUCUUGGGCCGAUGACAUGGAUUAUUCCUCCUGAGGUUUUUACCACCGAACUACGAGCCAAGGCAAACGCCAUUGUUCAAGUCGUUCACUAUUCUAUCAGUUUGAUCAUCACGCAGUGCUCGCCGAUCGCUUUGGCUGAAGUGGGCUGGAAGUAUUACAUUCUCUUUGUCUUGACAAACGCAUUCUGCGCUGUUAUUUUCUUCUUUGUGUACCCUGAAACUCGAGGCAAAUCUCUCGAGGAGAUUGACGAGAUCUUUGGAGACGUCAAGAUUGUGCAUGAAGAGGAUGUCAGGUUCUCUGAGAAGAGUGGCGUGGAGGCAAUCGAGUCACGGGAUAAUCGCAUUGUUUAG